CACGCUCUAUACAACGUGUGUUCAUCGGAUACCCUAACGGUCCCUCACCGAUCUCAUCGUCUGUCCAGCCGUCUCCAUCACCUGCUCGCACCCCGACGACCAUUCACUCUUCAUCGUCCUCCCCAUCUCCCUCUGAUACCUCGUCGUCCAUCAAUAUGGUUUCUCUUUGGCUCUCCAGUCCCAAUUUCACCCCCGCUUUCCUGGGCCUGAAACUGCCCUUCAGAGAUAAUGUAAGGAAGCUGACAACAUUUAGCAAUGUUUCAUGUGUUAGAUGUGCAGUGGAUACACCAUAUGGAGGCAAUGUCCAGAAGUUUCCUCGAACCAGUGUUUGGGAUCCUUACAAGCGCCUUGGUAUAAGCCAUGAUGCUUCUGAGGAAGAAAUUUGGGGAUCAAGAAAUUUUUUGUUGCAACAAUAUGCUGGACAUGAGAGAAGUGAAGAAUCUAUAGAAGCUGCAUUUGAAAAAAUACUGAUGGCUAGCUUCAGGCAAAGGAAGAAAACAAAAAUCAAUCUGAAAAGCAGAUUGAAAAAGAAAGUAGAGGAGUCUCCACCUUGGGUUCAGAACUUGCUCAACUAUGUUGAACUUCCACCAACUGAUGUUAUCCUAAGAAGAUUGUUCCUUUUUGCCUUUAUGGGUGGCUGGAGUAUUAUGAAUUCUGCGGAGAGUGGACCUGCUUUUCAGGUGGCAAUCUCUUUGGCAGCAUGCAUAUAUUUUCUUAAUGAGAAAACGAAGAGCUUGGGCAGAGCAUGUGUAAUUGGAUUUGGAGCUCUUGUAGCUGGCUGGGUCAGUGGUUCACUGGCGGUGCCAAAUAUUCCAUCUAUGUUGCUUCCCCCAAUCUGGACGCUCGAGCUUUUAACGUCUCUAGUGGUUUAUCUCUUCUUGUUCCUUGCCUGUACUUUUCUCAAAUGAGGUGGCGACCACAACCAGGCUCUCAACUAGUUCACUUCCCAAUCAUAUACUGCUGCAUUGGAUAUGUCCACCUUGGAUGCAACAAGGAAUGCAAGCCAGCACAUGCUAUGGAGAGAGAGCGACCAAAAUAACAAUUCUAAGUAAACGGUCAAUUUACUACAUUCAGAAAGACGAGAGGAAGAAAGCAUCAGAAUUGUAAUCCUAGCAGCAAAAAUAGCGAGUUCCUUUUUUUCAGGUGAAAAAAAAAAAUAACAAGAGCAUCUAAGUCUUCCAUAUCAACUUCAUUUGAAAAAGAGCGAGUUUCCUUCAGGAAAAAAAAUGAAUCAACCAGCAUACAAGUCUUCUAGCUCAGCAAGAAAGCAUCAGAAUUGUAAUAUUUACUUUCUGUUCCACUCUCUUCUUAAGUAGGUUGUGUGGGAGGAGGGGGUGGCGGCGGCAGUGCCUGCAUUUUUUUCCUGGGACAGCCUGACUCAAUGAAGGGACGAAAUCACGGCAUUUUAGUUAUUGUCAUUUCAAUCUUAUUUAUAUUCAAGUCGCCUGAGACCUGUGAACUAUUUAUGAAUUUGGUGGAACUUGGGAGUAUUUAUAAUGGUUA